UUAGUUGAAUUGUCUACGUAAAACCGGCGGGCGAAAUAAUUCAAACAGAAAAACAAAAAUUUCAACGCGUCAUGGCUUGACGAAGACAUCUACACCAAUAAAAUCAAUACAAUACACCUACUAGCGCCAACAUCGCCAAUCCUUCACAAUUCAUUACCUUCAUUACUUUUGCCAUUCACAAUCUAUCAAAAACAUCCAUUACUCUCUCAAUCCCGAUAUCUUUCCAUUUGUCGAUAUUUGAAAUUAAAGAAAAUUUAGUUCAUUAUGAAUUAUCAUUUAUUGAUAGUCAUAGUUUCUGUGUUGCUUUUCGCGAAUUCGAUCUCGGGUUUGCCUCAUUUCUUCCCGAACGCAUCCUUUAUUCCGCCGUCGCAAAAUCCAAAUGCGACGGCCAGUGCGUGGGAACCUUUUCACAAGUUCGCCGGCUGUCAUUCAGGCGAGAAAGUCGAGGGCUUAAAGAGACUCAAACAGUAUUUUCAGUACUUCGGUUAUAUUAACAACUCGUCGUCGGCGAACUUCACCGAUGACUUCGACGACGCUCUCGAGUCGGCCAUCAAGACUUACCAGCUCAACUUCAACCUCAACGCCACCGGCUUGCUCGAUGAACCGACGAUCAAUCAGCUCCUCCGCCCGAGAUGCGGCAAUGCCGACAUCGUCAACGGCACCAGCUCUAUGAAUUCCGGCAAGGCGCCGUCGUCGGCGGGGUCGCUGCACCUCCAUACCGUGGCUCACUACUCGUUCUUCCCAGGCACGCCGCGGUGGCCGGCGAGCAACACCGAUCUGACGUACGGGUUCCUGCCGGAGAACCAGCUCACGGACACCGUCAAGGCCGUGUUCGCGCGCGCCUUCCAGCGCUGGUCGGCGGUUAUACCGAUGACGUUCACGGAGACGUCGUCGUUCAACAACGCCGACAUCAGGAUAGGGUUUUUCAGCGGCGACCACGGCGACGGGGAGCCGUUCGACGGCGUCCUCGGAACCCUGGCGCACGCGUUUUCGCCGCCAAGCGGGAGGUUUCAUUUGGACGGCGACGAGAAUUGGGUGGUCGACGGUGACGUGACAGCGUCGUCGGUGGUGUCGGCGGUGGAUCUUGAAUCGGUGGCGGUUCACGAGAUCGGGCAUUUGCUAGGGUUAGGGCACUCGUCGGUGGAGGAAGCGAUCAUGUAUCCGACGAUAGCGUCGGGGACGAGGAGGGUCGAGCUCGCCGGUGACGACAUACAGGGGAUUCAGGUCCUGUAUGGUUCGAACCCCAAUUACAAUGGCUCGGCCGCUCCUUCAACUCAGGAGGGAGAAACUGGUAAUAGUGGGGCCCACUCUGUGGGACCACUGUGGGGCCAGAGAUUACUGUUGGCCUUCGGAUUAGUGUUGUUGAUAUUGUAAUUUUUAUUUUUUUAUUCUUCUUUUUCUUUUAUAUACAUUUUUUUAUACAGUUGUAUACUAUACAGAUAAGAGGUAUAAACACAGUGUUUAUGUUA